AUGGCAGAGAUAACAAGUAAUAUUGCUUCGGGCUCAAAUAAUCCCGCAGACAAUCAAUCCUUGGAAGAGAAAGCCCGCGUUGUUAAUAACAAGAACACGAAGCAGGCGAGUCGAUUUUCCAUAUUCCGAACCGGAUCCCUCAUGAAGAAGCUGAUAAACAAUCACAAUCUGCAGAAGCAAAAAAGCAUGAUCAAAAAACAACUAGAUAUCGAGCAACAGCACGAACACCACGUGGCCGUACAAAUACAGCGGCCGCAAAGAUCGAUGAAACACAUUCCACCCACCACAUCGCCGCUAGUCGAAGAGGACGAGUUCUUCGGCCCGGAAAAGGAAGAAAUUACGAAGAAGCUGCUCCUCCCGGAGAGCGGCGCCCCUGCUUCGGGCUGGGCCCACGUGAUCUCCGUGUGGGGCCCGUGGGGUCUCGGCAAGAUCAGGCUUCUGAAGAAGCUGUACAACGAUUUCGAGAUCCGCCGGCAAUUCCAGUGCUUCGCGUGGGUUUACAUGCCGGCGGAUUUCGAAACCAGGAACAUCAUGCAAACCAUAGUGGUGCAGCUUGUGCCGAGCAUGAGGAAACGGGUUACGAAGAUGUCGUUCCUGGAGCUGGCGGAGGAGCUCAUCAGUUUGCAGCUGGAGAACAAGUGUUUGAUCGUGUUGUCGGAUGUGCGGGAUCUGAAGAAUUGGAGGAUGCUGAGCGUCGCAUUCCCCACCGCCGAUAAAACGCGGACCCGGAUUUUGCUUACGACUCGUGAGAGGGAGUUCGCGGAGAGGAUCGGCGGUGAUGUACUGGGGAUUAGUCCCUUGGAUGACAAGCAAAGCUGGAAACUCUUUGAAAGGAUAAUAGAUAUUAGCUUCAACCAACACGCCAAGAAGACGUUGAAGGAAAUAGUGACCGGCCGAUGCAAAGGGUCGCCGCUGGCAAUUGCCAUCCUUGCCGGAUAUCUGAACAACACCGACACUUCAAACUCAUCGAACAGUGAAAUCGACUCGCUAAAGUCCCAUCUACAAGACGAACAACCCGACAUUACGCACGCGGUGCAAAAAAUAGUAUCUAUAAGCUACGCACACUUACCGGACAAACUCAAAGAAUGCCUACUCUAUCUCGCGCAUUUGCCUUCGGAAGGAGAGUUACACUUGGACGACCUCUACGUACGCUGGAUUUACGAGGACACGAUAUCGAAAGCCGAACAAAAUCCGAUGGAGGUCGCGGAGCACUACUUGGAGGAAUUAGCUCUAAGAAACCUAGUCCAAAUGCUCGAACAAGAGCAAGACGGUCCAAGUAUCGGAACUUUCUUGUCGUGCAAACUCCACCCUCUCGUAAGAGAAUUCUUCACGAAGAUCGGAGAUGCGGAUAAAGUAAACACCAAGGAAUUCAUGUCCGUGACGGUUCCUAGACUCCCGUUAAAUUCCAGGGCUUACCAAUUAAUUGACCAUCCUAAUUUACGCUCCCUCACAUUCGCCGGCACAUUCGAGCCUCCACCGGAGAUAUUGACUUCGAAACAGCUCCUUGUUGACUUUACGGAGUUCUAUCUGCUAAGGGUGCUCGAGUUCUACGGAAUUGACUUCCGUGGGUGGGACCUACCGCGAGGGAUCGGUCAACUCAUUGAGUUGAGGUACUUGAGUUUCCAGAGAUGUUACCUCGAGAAAUUGCCAUCGUCGAUCGGCGAGUUAAUCCUACUCGAGACUCUGGAUUUACGCGUCGAGCCUAAUUGCAUAAUGGCAAUACCGAAUGUCCUCUGGAAAAUGACGAAACUCGAGCGUCUUUACUUUCCGGCAAGAUUCCAAUGUGCCGAUAGUAAUAAUAAUAAGAAGAAUAAUCGGUUGAGCCUCAAAAACUUGGGAGAGCUUCAAGUACUAGUCAACUUCGACGCGCAAGUGUGUCAUGUUCGACACUUGCAAGCGAUGACGAAGCUCGAAGAAAUGAGUGCCGUUGUGGUGGAGAGUCACAUCGACUUGGACGCGAUCUUGGACUACACUCGCUCAUCAUUAGUACGUCGUUUAUCGCUCGACGUACGAAACUUCAACUGUUAUUCUGAGAACACACGGACCGUUCUAGCGAAACUAUUCGGCUGCGAAGCGCUCGUCUCGUUACACUUGGAAGGGUAUAUCAAGAAAUUGCCGACGGAUGUCGCUUUAAGCUAUAAACUAGUAGAGAUUGUGCUAAGUGGUUCGGAGCUAGAAUCCGAUCCGAUGCCGAUAUUCGGACAGAUUGCGAAUCUGAGGAGCCUCGUACUCUGCAAAGACGCGUAUGUCGGUACCGGCAUGAAGUGCGGUAGGACGAGUUUCGGUGAGCUGAGAAGCCUCAAACUUCGGAGCCUUCGCAACUUGGAGACGUGGGACGUGGAGGAAGGAGCGAUGCCGCAGCUAAUGAUUUUGUCGAUCGAAAAAUGCGCGAGAUUGGAGAUGCUGCCAGCUGGAUUGGAGUACGUGGCUCGGCUUCGGGAGCUGAAGAUCGUAUCGAUGCCUCCGCGAUUCGAAGAAAGGCUGCAAGGAGAAGAAGGUGAAGAUGUUAGAAAGGUCAAGCAGUUGCCUCGUAUCAUAAUCUGCAGCUCCGUUUAA